AUGCGGGUCUUGGUGGCGAUCGGCUCCAACUUGGGCGACCGCGCUGGUCACCUGCACCGCGCUGUGGACGCGCUCAACCAGCUCGCGGGCACGGUGCUCCAGACGUCGGCGCUCUACACGACCGUGCCGCAGUACGUCACGGACCAGCCGCAGUUCCUCAACGCCGUCCUCGAGCUCGAGACGACCUUGUCUGCCGUGGACCUUCUCCUCUGCUUCAAGGAGAUCGAGGUGCUUGUCGGGCGCACGCCGUCGGGUCUGCGCUACGGCCCGCGCGUGCUCGACGUGGACAUUCUCUUCUAUGGCGCCGACGUCAUCGAGACGGCAACGGCCGUUGGACCCUUGCAUGUUCCGCACCUGCUCAUCCAGGAGCGCGACUUUGUCCUUCGCCCGCUGCUCGACAUCGCCGCCGAUUUUGAGCACCCGCAACUGCACAAGACGAUCCGAGAACUCUACAGCACGCUGCAAGCCACGACCGACAUCGAGACGCCGCCCGUGCCCGUGCUCUGCCUCGGGCCGACGCAGCUCUGGGUGCUGCACGCCAAGACGUACGUCAUGGGCAUUGUCAACGCGACGCCCGACAGCUUUAGCGCCGACGGCAUCGGCAACGCGCAGGUCGCCGUGGAGAAGGCGCUCGCCAUGGUCGCUGCCGGCUGCGACAUCAUCGACGUCGGCGGCGAGUCGAGUCGUCCCGGCGCAUCGCCCGUCUCGCUGGACGACGAACUCGCUCGCGUCCUUCCGGUCAUUCGUGGCAUCCGCGCCGUCUCGUCGAUCCCGAUUUCGAUCGAUACGACCAAGGCUGCUGUCGCGGCGGCGGCCAUCGAGGCCGGUGCGACGCUUGUCAACGACAUUUCGGCGGGCCAGGCCGACGUGGCCAUGCUUUCGACCGUUGCCGCGUUGAAAGUGCCGUACAUCCUCAUGCACAUGCGCGGGACACCGGCGACCAUGACGUCCCUCAAGGAGUACAAGAACGUCGUCGACGACGUCGCGGCCGACUUGAGCACGCUCGUGGCGGCGGCGGUCGCGGCGGGGAUUCCGACGUGGAACCUCGUCGUGGACCCUGGCAUCGGCUUUGCGAAAGACAAGCACUUGAAUCUGCAGCUCCUCCGACACGUGGCGACGCUCCGAGCGCGCUGCGCCCCGUGCCCCGUCUUGGCGAUGGCGAUGGCCGACGACAACCUUCGCGACGCGCUGGACGAGGUCGGCUUUGAGACGAUCUUUACCGUCUACAGCGCCGGGCGCGAGGCGAUCGCGACCGAGCACCUCUCGACCGUGCUGGCCAAGAUGGGCUACACCGUGGCGCGGCGCGACCUCGAGCGGUACCUCGACGAGCUCGACCCGGACGCGACCGGCGACAUCACCAAGUCGGUCUUUCUCCAGUGGUUUGCACUGCACGCGGACCGGCUCGGCGACGACGAGCCGACGACGCGGGACGACGAGCCUCCGCCGCUCUCGGCGAUCCACAGCGAGAUGCUCGACGCCAAGAUGCAGCGCAAGCGCACCGAGGACGAUGUGCAGCUGCUCGCGAACCGCCUUGCGCACCUCCGAAUGGAGGAGAAGAAGGCGCAAAAGAAGAUCGACGAGGCCAACAAGCGCGCGCGCGAGAUCGAGCUCGUGAAGAAGCGCAACGCCGACCACCUGCGCAUGAAGCGCGAGCACAUGGAGCGGCAGCAGUCCAACGUGCGCAGUGCGCUCGUCGAGCACUCCAAGACGGCGGUGCUCUCUCAGAAGCGCAAGGAGACGGCGAUCCUCACGCUCACCGAGCAGCGCGCCAAGCAAGCGCAGGACAAGAAGGCGCGCCAGCAGCAGCUGAGCAUGCAGUUGGCCAAAGAGAAGGAGGCCGAGCGCAAGCGGCUCUUGCAGCAGUCCGAGGCCAUCAAGCGCAGCGAGCUCGAGGCCGCGCGGAAGCGAGACCUCGCGCGCAAGAACCACGAGCAGCAACUGGUGCGCAACGCACGAGACAAGCUCGCAGACGAGUACAAGAAAAGCAUUGCGGAAAACAUUCUGCGCGACAUGGAGAACGAAGAGGCGCGGCUCAUCGAGAGACUCAAGAACACGCAGGAGCACCAGAAGGAGGCGUUCUUAAACCUCGAGCAUGCGAUCCAGCUGCAGCUCCACACCAGCUAG